AAAGCUUGUGGCGGCUGGUCAAAAUUAUUCAGUAUCUGUCGUAGGUUCGUUGUUAUUAGAACGACCUCAGCCUCCAAAUUCAUUUUAUUUCUUUAACUGAAUUCUUAGUAAUAAAAGCGAGUGUAGAAAGCAGCACAGCGCGUUCAUUUGUCGGUGUUUGUGAAAAAAUUUGUGAAACAAGAUGAAAUUAUUGUUCAUUUGCGGCCUUCUGGCACUCUCAACGCUCACCUAUGCCGAGGAAGCGAAAAAAUCAGUCGAGCCCAAAUCUGCGGAGCCCGCUGCUGCCGCUACUGAAGUAAAACCCUCCAGCACGGCUGAUAAAAAGCAAGAGAAGCGCGGCAUCAUACACGGCACCGGGUACGGUUAUGGCGGUGGUCAUGGAGGUGGCAUUGUGAUUAGCGGUGGACAUGGUGGUGGAUAUGGCGGUGGCUAUGGUGGUGGUGCACUCCUCGGCGGCACAGGACUCGGUAUUGGCUUGGGUGGCGUUGGCGGCGGCAUUGCUGUUGGCGCUGCUGUACCAACCAAUGUACAAACCUCCUAUGUAGAACGUCAAGUAGCUGUACCCUAUCAGGUUGAACGCGCUGUGCCAUACCCGGUCGAACAAAUUGUACAAGUGCCCGUGCAAGUGCCUGUACCACAGCCGUACCCAGUGGAGAAGACUGUACAUGUGCCCGUAAAGGAAAUCGUUAAAGUGCCCGUACACAUUCCACAACCCUACCCAGUCGAGAGGACGGUGCAUGUACAAGUACCCGUACAUGUUGAUCGCCCCGUACCGGUCAAGGUGCCCGUUCCAGCGCCAUACCCCGUGGAGAAGAUCGUUCAAGUGCCCGUUAAAGUGCCCGUGCCACAGCCCUACCCGGUAGAAAAGAUCGUUCAAGUACCCGUUAAAGUGCCCGUGCAUGUGCCACAACCCUACCCAGUCGAGAAGAUCGUUGAAGUGCCCGUUAAAAUACCCGUCGAUCGUCCGUAUCCCGUACAUGUAGUAAAACCAUAUCCAGUGCCUGUGGAGAAACCAGUACCAUAUCCAGUUGAGAAGCGUGUCACCAUACCCGUUCAAGUGCCUGUCGAUCACCCCGUACCAGUACCAGUAGAUCGUCCAGUGGCAGUACCUGUCAAAGUAGCUGUACCACGUCCAUAUCCCGUCAUCAAAGAAAUCCCCGUUCCAGUGGAACGUAAAGUGCCUUACCCCGUCAAAGUACCAGUCGAUGUGCCACGUCCCGUACAUGUCGAACAACAAGUUCCAGUGGCCGUGGAACAACACGUGCCUUACAAAGUCCCCGUCCCCGUGCCAGUACAUGUUGAAAGCCACGUAGCACCAGCGACAACGAUAAUCAGCGGAGGCGGUUAUGGUGGUCACUCGAUCGGCGGCGGCUAUGGUGGACACUCAAUCGGUGGCUAUGGUGGUCAUGCCAUCAGUUACGGCGGUUAUGGACACGGUCACCUCCACAAAAAGAAGUAAAUUGCUAGCAGCAUUGACUCGUUGUGAGGGUGUGAGACUUCUUAGUAAAAAAGGUUUGGAGACUUACAUAUAUACAUGUAGAAAUUACGACUAAUAGUUGAAAGUUUAAAAAAUAAUGGCCAUCAUUACUCGACAACCACAAAAAAAAAUUACAUUAAAAAUAUUGCGCCGAAAAAAAGAGGAUUGAAGUGAAAUAAGAAUGAGACAAAUGAUAAUUUCUUACUCCUUCUUGUUUUUUACUCUUCCAAAUGUAUAUUUUAGUUUUUAGUUUGUGAUAAAAAUUUGGAUGAAGCGAAGGCGAUGACAAGUAUUGAACACGAAAGCGAAAAGUGCGGAGAGGAAGAUUUAGAGUGAAAUGGGCAAACGAUUUGGAAGACGAUUGGUGGGUGUGGAACUUAAGAUAAGCGUGUCUUGAGAGAGCUUUAAUCACAAAAGUACCUAAAUUAAAUAUAAAUAGUAGACAAACGGAGGCAGUCAGUACUUGACAAGAUUUUUUGAUUCCUCUCAUUCACAACAUUGUAGUCCACAAACUUGCCUGCCACACCCAUGUUUAUUAAAUGCACAGAUUCGUAGUUUGCAACCUUUGACUCUCUAAACAAAACCAUGUCCACAUAUAUGUUUGGGAAUUUUCUUCAUUAUAACUUCUUGCAGUGUUUGGAAUUAAAAUUCAUCGCCUUCAAACACGUCUUCGUAUAUUAAAAAAAAAAAGAAAAACAAAAUGGUAUGAUCUUUGUUUUUGUACGAUUUAUUAAAUUGUAUAUAAUUUAAUUAUGUAAAUAAAAUGACGACAAAAUAUUAUCGAAGAAUAUAUAAGAAAAUAAUUA